CACGCCUCCUGGCCCAUAAGGCUCCGGGCCGGAAGUCCCGCUCUCUUUUCCUGUUCUCCAUCAUGGCGGACCAAGGUGAGAAGGAGAACCCCAUGCGGGAACUGCGCAUCCGCAAACUCUGCCUCAACAUUUGCGUGGGGGAGAGUGGAGACAGACUGACUCGGGCGGCCAAGGUGUUGGAGCAGCUCACGGGCCAGACCCCCGUGUUCUCCAAAGCCAGGUACACAGUCAGGUCCUUCGGCAUCCGGAGAAAUGAGAAGAUCGCCGUGCACUGCACGGUCCGUGGGGCCAAGGCGGAGGAGAUCCUGGAGAAGGGUCUGAAGGUGCGGGAGUACGAGUUGAGGAAAAAUAACUUCUCAGACACUGGAAACUUUGGUUUUGGGAUCCAAGAGCACAUCGACCUGGGAAUUAAAUAUGACCCAAGCAUUGGCAUCUACGGCCUGGACUUCUAUGUGGUGCUGGGCAGGCCAGGCUUCAGCAUCGCAGACAAGAAGCGCAGGACAGGCUGCAUUGGGGCCAAACACAGAAUCAGCAAAGAGGAGGCCAUGCGCUGGUUCCAGCAGAAGUAUGAUGGAAUCAUCCUUCCUGGCAAAUAAAUUCCCGUUUCUAUCUAAGAGGCCAAUAAAAUGUUUUCAGUGAAA